AUGAAUGGGCACUGCUUCCUCCAAGGACUUGCUGUUCUCCUCGUCAGUGUCCUCGCGAGUGCUCAAGGCGACGGACAGCUCCGCCUGGCGGACGGGGGCAGUCGCUGUGCCGGCAGAGUGGAGAUCCUUCACGAGGGCACCUGGGGCACCGUCUGCGAUUACAGAUGGGACCUGAAGGAUGCCCAGGUGGUGUGCAGACAGCUGGGCUGUGGAGAAGCCCUGGAUGCCAAGGUCGUUGCUUACUUCGGGGAAGGAUCAGGCAAGAUCUGGCUGAACAGCGUGGACUGCACAGGAAAGGAGUCCCACCUCCGGAAGUGCAGUUCCUGGGACUGGGGACAGCACUACUGCUCGCACAAGGGGGACGCGGGGGUCAUCUGCUCAGGCUUUGUGCGUCUGGCUGGAGGGGGUGAACCCUGCUCAGGGCGAGUCGAAGUGAUCCUAGAACACACUGGAUGGACUCCAGUGUCUGAUGGGAACUUCACGUGGCCCACUGCCCAGGUCAUCUGUGCGGAGCUGGGCUGUGGCAAAGCUGUGUCUGUCCUGGUGGAUGUGCCCUCCAGAGGGUCAGAUGAACCGGUGUGGGCUGAAGAGUUCCAGUGUGAGGGGCAGGAGCCUGAGCUCAGUGUCUGCCCCAGGGCGCCCUGUCCAGGAGGUGCUUGCCAGCACAGAGGGGCUGUUCAAGUUGUCUGUUCAGCAUACACAGAAGUGCGGCUCAUGAACAAUGGCACCUCUCAGUGUGAGGGCCAAGUGGAGGUGAAUAUUUCUGGAGGAUGGAGAGUGCUCUGUGCCUCCCACUGGAACAUGGCCAAUGCCAACGUUGUCUGUCGUCAGCUCGGCUGCGGUGUCGCCCUCUCUACCCCAGCAGGAGCCCACCUUGUGGAAGGAGGUGACCAGAUCUGGAAAGCCCAGUUUCACUGCUCAGGGGCUGAGUCCUUCCUGUGGAAGUGCCCGAUGACUGCCCUGGGCAUUCCUGGCUGUACCCACGGGAACACGGCCUCUGUGAUCUGCUCAGGAAACCAGACCCAGGUGCUGCCCCAGUGCGACUCGGUGUCUGAACCAGCAGGCUCUGCAGCCUCAGAGGACAGCGCUGCCAACUGCUCAGAGAGCAGAGCGCUCCGCCUGGUGGCCGGGGGCAGUCGCUGUGCCGGCAGAGUGGAGAUCCUCCACCGGGGCGCCUGGGGCACCGUCUGUGAUGACGGCUGGGACCUGAACGAUGCCCAGGUCGUGUGCAGACAGUUGGGCUGUGGACAAGCCGUCAAUGCCACGGUCUCUGCUCACUUCGGGGCAGGAUCAGGCCGGAUCUGGCUGAAUGACGUGAAGUGCACAGGAAAGGAGUCCCACCUGUGGAAGUGCCCUUCCCGGGGCUGGGGACAGCACGACUGCGGACACUACAAGGACGCGGGGGUCAUCUGCUCAGAGUCCCUGGCGCUGAGGGUGGUGAGCGAGGACCAGGAGUGUGCCGGGUGGCUGGAAGUUUUCUACAAUGGGACCUGGGGCAGCGUCUGCCGCAGCCCCAUGGAAGCCAUGACCUUGUCCACGAUCUGCAGACACCUUGGCUGUGGGGACAGGGGGACCCUUGAUUCUUCGGUCAAUUUUAGAGAAGGUUCCAGACCCCGGUGGGUGGAUGGAAUCCAGUGUCGGAACACUGAUAUGUCCCUCUGGCAGUGUCCUUCUGACCCUUGGAAACACAGUUCUUGCCAUCUGAAGGAGGAAGCUCAUAUCACAUGUGCAG